UCUGGACCGCGCCAAUUCUAGGAUGUUUGCCUCAGUUUGCACAUUGGAAGCCUGUUGUCUAACAUUCUGGUGCUCCCCGCAGUUUUCACUCUGCAGUUGGCUUUGGUAUGCGUCACUCGCGCAGCUCCCGUCGGACAAGGUCUGAUGAGCGACUCGGAGUUAUCACGCGUCAUGGAAGGAGCGAAGAGUUUGGUGCGGAAGGUUCUGAGCGACAUUCCAGUGGUUCACGAAUCUUGCGUCUCUACUCAGGGCUUGACCCUUGAUCCCUCUGGAGAUUCCAUGAAUCUGGAGUAUAUGGUCAACCUACUGGAGAUCCCCUCUGCACCCAAACUCAAGGCCCUUGCUGCAGACUUCACUUUGGAGAUGAGCCUGAACCACAUGGCGGAGGGCCUGCGCAUGUACAGUGGGCUGCUGCAGGUGGUGUUGGGGCGUGUGGCCUCCUCGCAGACCGUCGCUGACCUCCGGGCCGACAUCAAUGACCUGCAGGCUCAGGUGCAGAAGAUUCAGGUGCUGUCCCACGUCUCGUCCGUGGAAGCCCAGACCGACGUCUCUGGCCUGUCUUCUCGGCUGACCAGUGACUACGAGGUGCAGGUGGCCACCCACGUCAUCCUGGCCCACCUGCGCAGCUUCUCCCAGGACGCAUUCCGCAGCCUCCGCAACAUCGCACACACCAGUAGCUGAAGUCGCCCCCCCCGGGGUGCAAUCUCACCACUGCUGCAACACAGCUGGAGUUAAGACUCAGGCUCUAAACUGAUGUUGCUGUUGUAGUAGUAGUAGUAGUAGGCCUUUAUUGUCACAUAGUCACAAAGUAACCAGCGAAAUUAAAAUUGCUGCUGCUGCAGUGGAGAAUGGUCAUUUGAGGACUCGAUUAACACUUAGACCUCCAUUUUAUUUUUUAUACUGUUUACGCAGAGGAAUGGUGUUCCAGAAGCAAAACGUUUUGGAAAGAAGAAUAUCAAUAUUUUGGAGAUUUCAUUUUUGUUUUUCCCAAUUGGUGCCCUCCCAGAAUAACAUUUAACAGAAUACUGCAGGCUGCUAUUUUUGAAGUGCAUGUCAGUUUCAGAGAAGAAGGAAGAUAUGCAAUCCCAGCUGGCUCAUGAGAGUCGCCCCUUGACCUGGAGGAGAAGAUCAUGCCCUAAAGCCCCAUUCACACAUGCCACAAUUCACUCGUCGCUUGUCGUCUCAAAAGUUGAAAUUAUUUGAACUUUAUCGCUUCUGAUGCGGUCUGAAUGGGGCUUAACAGAAGAAUUUGACACUAGCCCGAGAGGGCGGCUCUUGCUGGGGGCUUGUCUGUUGAUCAAACGCCCCCGUCAAGGUCUAGGGCAAGAGGAGUCUCUCAUGAAGAAUUGCCCCUUUUGCCCCUCUUCAGCUCAAACAGCACCUUUUUCACUCUCCGCCAGCCCCUUCUUCCUGCCCCAGUAUUCCUCAGCCCUACCAAGA